AUGACGCGCGUGGUGACGCGCGCGGGGGCGACGACGGGGCGCCCGACGCACUGCGUCGUCACGGGAGCGAACACUGGGAUCGGGCUCGAGACCGCGCGGGCGCUGGCGAGGACGUACGACGUCGUGACGCUCGCGUGUAGGGAUGAGACGCGGGCGCGGGCGGCGAUGGCGACGAUCGGCGCCGACGAUCUGUGCGACGCCGAAUUGCGGUUCGCGUCGUUGGAUCUAUCGAGCCUGGCGUCGAUCGAAGACUUCGGGCGAGCGAUGCGAGCGGCGGACGAGGCGAUCGACGCGUUCGUGGCGAACGCGGGGGUCAUGGCGCUCCCGACGGCGACGCGCACGCGGGACGGGUUCGAGACGCAGGUGGGGGUGAAUCACUUGGGUCAUUACGCGGCGAUCGGGUGGGUGUUUCCGUUGAUCGAACGCGCGGGUCGGGAGACGGGAGACGCGAGGGUGGUGGUGGUGAGCAGCGAGGCGCAUCGCAUCGCGUCGAGAGGGCUGCGUCGGGACGAUUUAUUCGGGGAGACGCGGUACGGCGCGUGGACGCAAUACGGACAAUCAAAACUAGCGAACGUGUUGUUCGCGAAUGAGUUGGCGCGUAGGUGCGAGGGUAGGGGGGUGACGGUGGCGAGUUUGCACCCCGGGGCGGUGGACACGGAGUUGGGGAGGUAUCUGCAACCGCCCGACGCCGAGGUAAAGUGGUGGCAAAAAAAGCUGUACAACUUCAUUCGGAAAUUUCUCAAGACGCCCGAGCAGGGUGCGGCGACGAGCGUGUUCCUGGCGCGGGACGUCGAACGCGGCGUCGCGAAUGGGAAGUAUUUCUCCGAUUGUCGAGAGAAGACGCCGGCGAAGACGUGCCUGGACGAGGACGACGCACUCUGGCUGUGGAAUCGCUCGGCCGAGCUCACGGGCGUGGCGUUCGAUUUGGAACGCGUUUAA